AUGAAGUACAGCGUUGCCGUCACCCUCGCCGCCCUUGUUGCCUACGUCCAGGCCAAGGCUGAGUUCACCAACACUCAGGCCGACUUUGCCGCCAUCAGUGCCGGCGAGGACUUCACCCUGACCUGGUCCGGCGCCGAGGGCCCCGUUACCAUCCUCCUCAAGACCGGCCCCAGUGACGAUCUCACCACUGUUGAGACCAUCACCACUGGCGAGUCUGGUGAAUCCUUCACCUGGUCCGUCCCCACCACCCUCGUCAGCGGCCAGUACGCCUUCGAGAUCAACGACGGCACCGAGCCCAACUACAGCGUUCAGUUCCCCCUUGUUGGUUCUGGCACUGCUUCCGCCAGCUCUGCCCCUGCCAGCACCGCCACCAGCGCUUCCGCUACCGUCACCGUCACCAGCACCGUCGCCGAGUCCACCAGCACCGCCGCCGAGUCCUCUGCCGCCAGCGCGAGCGAGACUGCGACGUCUUCCGCCGCCGAGAGCUCCGCCACCACCGAGGCCUCUUCCUCCGUCGUGACCAGGACCAGGACCUCCACCACCGCGGCUGAGUCCGCCACCGGCACUGCCGCCUCUGUUCCCGACAGCAAGGCCGGUCGCCUCGGCUCCCCCGUCGCCCUCAUCAUGACCCUCGCGGCCAUGCUGUACUUCCACUAA